UAUCUUAUAUCAAACCCACACCACCAUGUACUGCUACUUCUGCAGCUCGAGCUAGCAAAAUCAAUUUAAUUAUAUUUUGCUUUUUUCCUUGCCCCAGCAGUAGAAGUAGAGCAUUUCUUGUUUAUAAUAACAUUCUCAAUGGGGCUUUCUCCUUAGUAUUCAUUGCCCUACCGAAUCUGAACAUGUCUGAACAAGGCCUUACUCUUCCUUCCACCCUUAAAACCUUCCUACCCCAUUCAAAUCCUCUCAAGAAGAAGAGAAAUCUCCCCGGAACACCAGAUCCGGAUGCACAGGUGAUAGCGCUGUCGCCCAAGUCCUUGAUGGCCACGAACCGUUUUGUGUGCGAAAUCUGCAAGAAGGGGUUCCAGAGAGACCAGAAUCUGCAGCUGCACCGCCGAGGACACAACCUUCCCUGGAAGCUCCGGCAGAGAAGCGAGAAAGAACCGGGGAAAAAAGUGUACGUGUGCCCUGAAAAGACGUGCGUCCACCACGAUCCUUCCAGAGCCCUGGGAGACCUCACGGGCAUAAAGAAGCACUACAGCAGAAAACACGGCGAGAAGAAGUGGAACUGCGACAAGUGUUCCAAGAAAUACGCCGUUCACUCCGACUGGAAGGCACAUGUCAAGAUUUGUGGGACUAGAGAGUACCGAUGUCACUGCGGCACUCUUUUCUCCAGGAAAGACAGCUUCUUGACGCAUAGAGCUUUCUGUGAUGUCUUGGUGGAAGAAAGUGCACGAACAAGCUUUGUUCCUCAAGCACCUGCUAGAAUCCCUCAGAUUUUUACUGGGUAUUAUCCAGGGUAUGGAGUUUCGACAGAAACAUUGGGGAGUUUGAUCCACCAGGUCAAUUCCAGCGUGCCUGAUUUGAUGCAAACCAUGAACAUGUUUGCGACUUCGUCGCCGUCCUCGUGGGUGAAACCAUACCCGCCAGAAGCAUCAUUCGAAAGAAUUGCCAGUCUGGCCAUUUCUGGGGCGCCUCGCCUGCUGAAGGAGGAGGAAGAAGAAGAAGAGAACAAAGGAGGCUUGUCGUAUAGUGUGAGCUCCUUGUAUUGUAGCAAUUAUCAAAGCCCAUCGUCGCAAGCAGGCUUGGCUCAGCCUCAUUACAUGUCACCACCCACUUCACUGUUACAAAAAGUAAACCAGAUGGGAUCUACAGGCAGCAACCAUAUCAACAUUUUUGGGUUCACGGGUGGCUCCUUGCCUCUCUCCUACAGCACGUCGUCGUUUAGAACUGUCGAUCAGGUGGGACUGUAUUUCAAGAACACAGCAAAUCCAACUGAUCAAAACUUGAACGACUUGGUGGAUUCACAAGCGGUGGUAAGCACCAGUGUUGGAGUUGGAGGUGAUGAUGGUCGUGGAAUGGUAUUGAAUGAUUCGAAGACGAGCCACUUUAUGAGAAGCGGAGAGAAUGUGAAUGAAAUGGAAUUGGGUGGUUUAACUAGAGAUUUUCUAGGCGUUGGUGAAAAGGAGUUAGCCGAGUUUAAUGCAAUGGGCUCGGCCGCUCAGCCAUGGAGCUGAGCCAGCGCAGUGGACGCAUCUCUGGGUUCUGAAUUCCAACUCAGCAAUUAACUAGCAUGGGAAAUAUUCAGAUAGGCAUAAUGACGGGUUAUAAACAGUAUUGUUUUGUGUUAUAAAUGGUGAGUCACGUACGUAGAAGUUAAAUAUAUCUAGCUUAGUAUUUUACAGGCUAAGUUGAAUUUUAGAAGGUUAAAAAAGAUUUCCCGUUGAUAAGUAGGCGUAAUUUUAGAUGGCUACGUCACUUUCAUUCAAAAAGAAUGGUUUUUUUUCCCCCCAAUAUAUAUCACUAAAAAUGUUGACAUGCCUGUUCACUUGGCUAGUUGGCUUUGGCUUUGUCCUUCGAGACUAGCUAGAAUCGGUAAUCUUUACCUUUUCUGCAAGCUGCAUUGUCUUAAUGUUACUUCUACAGUGUAAUUUCUUUAAUGUCCCAGUACAGGGUUCGAACCCUUGACAUGUGGGAGGAUUAUCAUCCUCAACACUAAUAUUGACAAUCCCUGCAGAGGGUUCACUCCCAUCAAUGUUUGGUGUGAUUUCCCUUUUUUUAAAAAAAAAAAAAUUUGAUUGCUUGUAAUUUC